AACAUUUCCUAACCAACUUCUUUCCGAACCUUAUUGCUAUUACAAGGAAAAGAAAAUAUGGGUGUGAAAGGGAAGUUGAUUGCUUCAAUGGAGGUGAAGUGUGGAGGACACUCGAUUCAUGAUAUUUUUCACACCAAUUCUCAUCAUCUACCCAACAUAACCCCUAGUAGGAUCAAUCAUUUUGAGAUUCAUGAAGGUGAAAUUGGAAAGAUUAAUUCGGUUGCUAGUUGGAAAUAUAUUGAAGAUGGAAAAGAAAUGUUUGCUAAGACUAUGCUUGAAGCCAUUGAUCCUCAAAAGAAAUCAAUCACUUGGAAAGUGAUUGGAGGAAAUCUUUUAGAGUUGUAUAAUUUCUUCACUGUUAUUUCAUCUUGUGAGCAUCAAUGGACUACAUUUACACUUGUGUACGAGAAGAAAACUGAAGAUACCCCAGAACCCCUCGCUCUCUUGGGUCAUUUAAUUGGUGUGACCAAAGACGUAGAGGGUCACCUUCUCAAGAAAUAGAAAAAUUAUGAUGUUCAAUGAUCCUAUAUGUGUGUGAUGAGUAUUUGAAAAUAUUGGCUAGUUCUAGCUAGCGUGUAAAAUAAAUAAUGUUAUAUUUGAAGAAUAAAUAUAUAAUAAACUUACUUGUAAUUUAUCAAAAAAUAUUUCCUCCACCAUAUUUUAAAAGGAGAUUUGGUAA